CGCGGCGGUGACGCCGCGGGCUCGAGGUCGGCGGCGCAAGAUGGCGCUGAACAGGAACCACUCGCAUGAGGGCGGCGUCGUCAUUCCCAAUGCCGAGAGUGUUCUCAAACAGUGUAAAGAUGUGGAGCUCUCCUUCAGCGACGUGACAGGCAAGCCUGAAGCUUUCAAAGGCACCAAGAAGGGGAUGCUGUAUCUCACCCCUUACAGGAUGAUCUUUGUGUCGAAGGGCAAGGAUCCGAUGCUGUCCUUCAUGAUGCCGUUUUACUUGGUGAAAGGGUGCUCGAUCGAGCAGCCUGUUUUCGCUGCCAAUUACAUCAAAGGACAAAUUCAGGCUGAGGCAGGAGGUGGCUGGGAAGGGCAGGGGACAUUUAAACUGACUUUUAACAGUGGAGGAGCCAUUGAAUUUGGACAGCUGAUGUUCAAAGCUGCCUCUAAUGCUUCCAGUGGUGUUCCUCUCCAGAACCCUGGCUAUGGCUACACACCUGUGCCUGGAGGCUAUGCACCUGCCCCACCUGCUCCUGGGGGCUACUCACCUGCUCCAGGGGGCUAUGCUGCUUCUCCACCACCAAAUGGACCAUACCCUUACACACCACCUCCAAUGAAUGCCUAUGGACCUGCUCCACAGCCCAUGGGAUAUCCCUAUGCCCAGACUCCAGGUAUUUACCCACCACUUCCAAACAUGAACCCCAUGUAUGUGCCACCUCCUCCCCCUUACUCUGGGCCAUCUCCUGCAGGAUCCUCAGCCCCAUCAGCUCCCCCAGCCUGGGUGACCCCAGGGAUGCCAGGGGGCAGUAAGGCCAUGGAAGCUGCUUCCAGUGCAUAUUACAACCCUGCCAACCCACACAACGUGUACAUGCCCAUGGAUCAGCCACCUCCUUAUGCACCUCCUGAGGAUAAGAAGAAUAACUAACAAAAGGAAAUUGCAACCAGCCUCCAACACUCUCUCUCCCUGAAGCAACUUGGCUGUUGCUACACGUCGGGUUAGCCUAUCCCUAGGUCUCUGUGUAGAUACUGUAUAGGUAGUGCUGGGCAGCUGAGCACCUGCCCUCCUUCAGCAUGAAGCCAGUGGCAAUACAAGGCAGAACAGCACUUUUCUUGCUUAUUUAUCUCCUGGGCUCAAAGCACUAAUCUUUUGCUCUGCCAUUGGCUUGAGGAGAGAGAUGGAUGACUUCUUAAAUCACCAGUAGACCACAUCACUCAUUUAGGACUGAAAUAUGAAGGUUCUGGGAUCUUGGGAGAAAU